AUGGAUAAUAUUUUAGAAUAUGAUUCAUCAUCUGAAGAAAUUCUGGAAGAUAGCAACAACAACAAUGAUGAUAAUGAUAAUGGAAAUCCUUUAUCAAAUGCGCUUGUAAAAAGGAAAUUUUCUGAUGAAAAUCUUAAUCAAACAAUAAAAAAAAAGAAAAUUUCAUCAUUACCACCCCUUCCUACUGAAUUUUUACAAUUAUAUUCAGAUAAUAAAGUACACAUUGAUAAUCCAGACGAACAUCAAGGUCGUGUAAGAACAAAACUACAUGUUGAGGGAAAUUGGGCUACACACGUUUACAUGGAAGUGAUUAUACCAGAAGACUUUGAGGAUCUUUUAAAAAAUAUUAAAAUUCAAUCAGAAAGUUUUCUAAAUAAUAAUGAAAAAGAAAUCAAGGUUUUCUCAUGUCUUGAAGAAGAAGAGAGUGAAUUAUUAAAAUUACUUGAUAAAGAUGUACUGAAUAUAAAGUUACAUAUUAGUUUAACAAAACCUAUUUUUUUAAAAUAUUUUCAAAUAAAUGGAUUUUGGGAUAAUUUGAAAAAAGGUUUUAAAAAUAAAAAAAAAUUCGAGAUUGCGUUUUCAAAAUUACAAAAUUUGACAAAUAAUGAAAAUACAAGAUCAUUUCUUGCGUUGGAAGUGGAUAAAGGAUUUGAUAAAUGUGGUAAAAGAUUAUAG